AUUUGUGGUUCGCUUUGAUCCCGAGGGGGAACCUGAAACUCUCACAUUCCUGGCAUAGCAGCCGCCUCCAGCGCGGGCUGACCUAGAGGCUGCGCACUGGGGCGCGAGCAAGCAGAUCGUCGGCGCCACCGACGAGUGCGCACCUCCGUUGCCGACCGUACCUAAGCCGAACCGGGUCUGCGUGCGCCGGCAGCCGCGGGCCGCAGCGGUGCUCUGAGACCAGGUGCCUGCUGGCCAUUGUCUAGGCAGGUGUGUGAAAGCCAGAGAAGCAUGAGGACACUGGAAGACUCCUCAGGGACAGUCCUGCACCGCCUCAUCCAGGAGCAGCUGCGCUACGGCAACCUGACAGAGACUCGCACUCUGUUGGCCAUCCAGCAGCAGGCCCUGCGGGGUGGGGCUGGAGCUGGGGGCACAGGGAGCCCCCAGGCCUCCCUGGAGAUCGGAGCACCCGAGGACAGUCAGGUGCUACAGCAGGCCACCAGGCAGGAGCCCCAGGGCCAGGAGCAUCAGGGUGGAGAGACCCACCUGGCAGAGAACAGGCUGUACCGACUCUGCCCACAGCCCAGCAAGGGAGAAGAGCUGCCCACCUAUGAGGAAGCCAAAGCCCAUUCGCAGUACUAUGCAGCGCAGCAGGCAGGCUCCCGGCUGCAUGGUGGGGACCGGGAUCCAAGAGGGGCCUCAGGAGGCAGCCGACGUCAGGAUGAGGCUCUUCGAGAGUUGAGGCACGGCCAUGUGCGCUCCUUGAGUGAACGACUUCUGCAGCUGUCCCUGGAAAGAAAUGGUGCCCGGGUCCCCAGCCACAUGAGCUCUUCCCACAGUUUCCCUCAGCUGGCUCGCAGCCAGCAAGGUCCCCAGCCCCGAGGACCCCCAGCUGAGGGCCCAGAGCCCCGUGGGCCACCACCUCAAUACCCACACGCUGUAAUGGCUCAGGAGACUGCGGCUGUCAAUGACCCAAGAUACCGUCCGCGAAGCAGCCCACACUUCCAGCAUGCUGAAGUCAGGAUCCUGCAGGCACAGGUACCACCGGUUUUCCUCCAGCAGCAACAGUACCAGUACCUGCAGCAACCCCAGGAGCACUCCCCACCCCUCCAUCCAGCCGCUCUAGGCCAUGGUCCCCCAAGCUCCUUCAAUCCACCUGCCCUGGAGGGACCACCCGGUGCCCAGGCCACUUCGGGCAGUGCCCACCUGGCCCAGAUGGAGAGCGUGCUGAGGGAGAACGCCAGGCUGCAGAGGGACAAUGAGCGGUUGCAGAGGGAGCUGGAGAGCACUUCAGAGAAGGCCAGCUGCAUAGAAAAGCUGGAAAAUGAAAUCCAGCGGCUCUCGGAGGCCCACGAGAGCCUGAUGAGGACCUCGUCCAAGCGUGAGGCCCUGGAGAAGACCAUGAGGAACAAGAUGGACAGUGAAAUGAGACGGUUACAGGACUUCAACCGAGACCUUAGAGAGAGAUUGGAGUCCGCAAACCGCCACCUGGCAAGCAAGACCCAGGAAGCCCAGGCGGGCAGUCAGGACAUGGUGGCUAAACUGCUUGCUCAGAGCUAUGAGCAGCAACAGGAGCAAGAGAAGCUGGAGCGGGAGAUGGCGCUGCUGCGUGGUGCCAUCGAGGACCAGAGGCGACGGGCUGAACUGCUGGAGCAGGCGCUGGGCAACGCGCAGAGCCGCGCCGCUCGAGCGGAGGAGGAGCUCCGCAAGAAGCAGGCCUACGUGGAGAAGGUGGAGCAGCUGCAGCAGGCGCUGGGACAGUUGCAGGCUGCUUGUGAAAAGCGGGAGCAGCUGGAGCUGCGUCUGCGCACGCGCCUGGAGCAGGAACUCAAAGCCUUGCGCGCGCAGCAGAGGCAGACAGGCACCCUCACAGGUGGUGGCGGUAGCCACACUGGGUCCACGGAGCUCAGUGCCCUGCGACUGUCAGAACAGCUUCGGGAGAAAGAGGAACAGAUACUGGCUCUAGAGGCGGACAUGACCAAGUGGGAGCAAAAGUAUUUGGAGGAACGGGCCAUGAGGCAGUUUGCCAUGGAUGCGGCUGCCACUGCGGCUGCCCAGCGAGACACCACUCUCAUCAGACACUCCCCCCAGCCCUCGCCCAGCAGCAGUUUCAACGAAGGCCUGCUGGCAGGCAACCACAGGCACCAGGAGAUGGAGAGCAGGUUGAAGGUGCUCCAUGCCCAGAUCCUAGAGAAAGACGCAGUGAUCAAGGUCCUUCAACAACGUUCCAGGAAAGACCCUGGCAAGGCUACCCAGGGCACCCUACGGCCCGCCAAGUCGGUGCCGUCCAUCUUUGCGGCUGCAGUGGGGACUCAGGGCUGGCAAGGGUUCUCAACCAACGAGCGACAAACGGAUGCACCUGCCCGGCAGACAGUAGGUAUGAAGAGGCUUGCAGUGGGGUGGAAAGGGGUACAAAGUUUGGAGUGCAUAUUACCAGACUCUUUCUCAGAAUACACACCCACUGAGACCAGGGCUUCCUGACCCCUGUUUUAGGGGACCUGGCUUAGCCUUUGGCUCUCGUGACCCUGAAACCUCCUGUUAGUAGAGUGGAUGCUAGACCGCCAGCUGCUUGCUAAUAGAUCUAGUCAAGGUUCUACGGUUCCUGAGUGAAUACUAAGAAAUUCUAGAUUUCAGCCACAAAGCAUCAAUGGCCAUUUUCUAUCUAUUAGACAUCUUGAAAAAUAAGAGCUACCCAGUCCACAGGGUUUGCUUGGGGUGUCCUUCAUCAAGACCAUGUCUCCUACCUCAAGCAGUAUCCAUCAAUGUCCAUUCUUUCUUACAGACCGUGGACCAGCAGAAGAGCCCCCGGCCACAGCUCCUCCCCCUGCCCACACCAAACAUGGCAGCAGAGACGGGAGCACCCAAACCGAUGGCCCUGCCGACAGCACCUCUGCCUGCUUGGCCUCAGAACCCGACAGCCUCCUGGGGUGCAAUGGUAGCCAGAGGACAACCUCUCUGGACUCUAUAGCUGCAACCAGAGUCCAGGAUCUGUCAGACAUGGUGGAAAUACUGAUCUGAAGGAAGGAGGCCUUGGGGACCCUGAAGCCUGGCUCCCCUGUGGCAUUCCAGCAAUUGUCUUCAAAUGCUGCACCUCAUUUCCUCCAACCAGCGAUGGUUUGGUGCAGGAGCUCAGAGAGGAGCACUCCAGGGGAGCCAGAAAAGGCUGCACCCCCAGAAGACUGCUUUUUUUGACCUAUAUUUCUCCCACGACAAUGAGGAAGGAAGAGUCAGACGUCACCUGCCGCCCGAGGUCUGUUGCUGGAGCAGAAAGGGGCUGAGCCCCCUCCGUCCUGCCAGUUUGUAUUCGGGCAUGAAGGGAAAGGAGACUGGAUUCUGAUUCCCAAGAAUGGCUGGACACCAGCCAAAUGGUCUGCAGGGAUAAUCAGGCCAAACCAUGGUGUUCUGUGGCUAAGCAUGGCCCCAGCCAGCCCUAACUGCUCUCAGUUCCUCACUGCCUUCUUCAGAUCACUAAGACUUGAAUCUUUUGGGGAACUAUUGGGAGUGAGAGCCUUUCGUGAGCCACCAGCAUGUCCCCUUGCUUGGAGUAGGUUAGAGGCCAUUUGAGAGGCCCGCAGAACAGUGUGUUUUGUAUAUAAUUCUCUUUCCUUGGGAACAGAAGACUAAGCAUGCUGGUUCAGAGUCUCCUUCCAGAGCUGUGCUGCCUGCCCCUGCUUGCCACAGUUCUUGAAACAUUUGACAGGUCUACCAGAUGUCCCUCUGCCUCCAGUUCUUGGCGGUGUUUUUUGAUACUGGUUGCCUUUCCUCUGUUUUAAAUCCCUGUGUUCAAUGCCCGUGGGAUUCUUAUCACCAGCCUUUGUGAACGGCUCCACCGCUCCUACCCCUGGGACAUCCUGUCAGUUUGGUUAUAAACUGAGCCAGAUGCGAUGAGCCACCACAAGCGGAUAUCUGUCAUACCCAGCCCCAGGUUCUCUUUGAAGAAACUGGAGACGUUGUUCUCAUAAACGUGUUCGUUCCCACCAGCAGGGACUGGGAGAGGGAGCUAUGCUGUUUAAUCGGUGAACUUAAAGAAAAGUCCCCCUAGGUGCCCCCAUCACAGAAUGGCACCCAAGAGGCUGGCUCCUCGAGCGUUGGUGCCCCAGCCCUGAAGCAGGGCCAGCUACUCGGAAUUAGGCGAAGCACCCUCCCAUGGCAGCCUACCAGCAGCAGUGACUUUAACUUCUGGUCUUAAAGUAACCCCCAUUCAGCUGAAAAAGCGAUUGGUGGAUUUCAGAUCUGUUGUGUUUUCUCCUCUGGUUGUUUUGUUUGUUUUUUCUCUCACUGUUUGAAGUUCUGUCUGUUGUUCCAUUCCCAUGGUUCUCCAUGUUUCCUUUUUAAACAUUUGCAUUUGCUGGGCAAUUGCGUAUUUUUUUAAUUCCCCUUCCCCCCUGUGUAAAGCUGAGAAAUACAUCUGGUUCAUGUGCGUUGUUUACAAAGAUAAAAGUUUAAAAAAAAAACAAAAAAAAAAGGAGGGAAAAACAAAAAAAAUAUCGUGAAAGAAAAAAAAACAACUUAAUAUAUUUUGGAUUAAUAUUUGGUAUUUCUUUUAAAAUAUUUUUUUUUGUGCUGUGAACGUUUUCUGCCAAAGACCAUGACGUGUGUCUGUGUGUUUAAGUUAUCAUGAAUAUUUAAGGUGCAAACAUGGCUGUUUUGUUACGCCACUCUGUACCAGGAUUGCCGCAGCAUUCCACCAGGUAUGACAGUAUUUUAAUAAAAAAAAAGCUUAUACGGA